UAUCUCUUAUUAGUCUGUGUUUUCACUCUCAAUCUAUUUACGGGCAUAAGUUUUGUUUUUGUUGUGAAAUCAAACUGAGAUGCAAGAUUUUGACUAGAUCAGUACAAAUUCUUACCUUUCAAUCGUGUUUGUUGCUCCAGCGUGAAACCGGGACCAGUCGCGUUAAUGCUAGCGUGGCGUGUGGAUCUGUGAGCGGUUUUAAUGAUAUUUGAGGUCUCUGAAGACAGCUGUGAGAUGCCUCCUGCAAAAGGGAGACGCGGCGUCAGCGACGCUGAUGAUGAGAGUGACGACUACAGGAAACGCAGGGACAGAAAUAACGAGGCAGUAAAAAAGAGCAGAUUCAAAUCAAAGCAGCGGACACAAGAAACUUUCACCCGAGUGAGUAAACUAAAGGCAGAGAACCAGAUGCUAGAAGACAAAGUCAAGACCCUCACGAAAGAGCUCCAGUUCCUUAAAGAGUUGUUCCUGGCGCAGGCCACCAAGGCACCAAACCCUAAACUAGAGGGUGUUGAUCUGGAGAAACUUCUAGAGGAUAUACCGGAUGAAAAGAAGUAGAUUUAAGGGGAAUUUACAUAGAACUUAGGUCCACCCCAC